GAAGGAGUAUUCAAGACACCUGUCAAGAAGGACCUGGAGUGUCGCCCGUACGUUGGUCGCUCUGCUUCGAUAUAACUCAAAGCAUGGAAUAAAUAAGUAUUUUUUUGCAUCGAUACAGCCCGGACGAAUCAAGCCUGAUUGCGCGCUUGAAAACCAAACCAUUGCGCAUUUAAAUCUUCCAUCUCUCCAGCACCAGUUGUGUUGUUUAGGACUUUGAUAUACCGCCUGUGACUGUUUAUAUUGUGUGUUUUUUCCCCAUAGACGGUUUAAUUUUUCCAUUCGGACGCAGCCGGACAAAUGCUUUUCCAUCAAUUUGUUAACGGAGGUCUGGAGACAAUGCAUCCCACUAUUCAGAAUGACACUACUUUCACUAAGAUUUUUGUCGGUGGUUUACCUUAUCAUACCAACAAUGCAUCCCUUCGAAAAUACUUCGAAACGUUCGGGGAUAUUGACGAGGCCGUUGUGAUAACGGACAGACAAACCGGGAAAUCCCGAGGAUACGGCUUUGUGACUAUGAUGGACAGAGGGGCAGCAGAGCGGGCAUGUAAAGACCCCAACCCCAUCAUCGACGGUAGGAAGGCUAACAUCAACCUGGCCUACCUGGGAGCCAAGCCACGCAGCCCACAGACAGGUUUCUCCAUCGGUGUGCAGCAGGUCCAUCCCGCCCUGAUCCAGAGGCAGUAUGGAUUGGCCCAGCAGUAUGUGUACCCCCAGGCCUUCCUCCAGCCCAGCCUGUUGCUCCAGUCCCACCUCAGCCCCUCUCAGGCCUCCCUCUCCUCCCCGUAUCUGGACUAUAGCUCAACCUAUGCCCCCUACACCUCCACCCCCUCCACUGGCCUGGAGCACUACCCCUACGCCCCCUCGCCCUCUGCUAGCUACCUCCGCUACAGCUACUCCCCCGCCACACCAGGCCCUACCAUGUCUGCCCCCCCCACCCCUCCCACACCCAUCCACCUCUCCCUCAACCCCCUCGCUGGCCUCUCUGCCCCCCCUGCAGCCUACCUCCAAUAUCCCCUCCACCACCCCGACCGUAUGCAGUGAGGGGGGCCUGGGCUAUGGAGGUGAGUGAGGGUAAUCGCAGGGAGACACAUGACGACAACGUAUGCAGACUUGGAACAAAGAGGAUUAUUGCACUAUGACCUGUGACAUCAUCAGGACGAGACACCCGACAACCAAGGAGAGAGUGGGGUCAGAAUCCAAAGGGCUUUGUGAAAACAAAGAAAAACAAAACACACUGAGAUUUCUUCCUGUUUUUCUAUUAGGGUUAUUAUCCAUUAUUUUUAUCGUAGUUGUUACUAUACUACUAUUGCUGUUGUCGCCAAUGUUUAUAUGAAUGUUUGACGAUCUCUCCUUGUGUCCGAUGCCAAACGUGAUGGAGUCAAUGGAACAUGAGAACACAAGAAGAGGAGAAUUAAUCAUUCGAGAACCUACCACCUUCCACUCCUUACCCGCAGAGACCACCCACCCUCGUACCCAAAUAGCUAAGGCUUUUCUGAGCAGCCCUUUAAUGCAGUGGAUGGGGUUUGAAGGUUGGACGAAGAUGGGUUGGAUAGCCAUUAUAUUUCACCAGAUUCUCUGCCUCACUCUUCCAGAAGUACUGCUGAACAUUUCAUUAGCGAGGUGAGACAGAUGCAGGAUGAUAUAAUUAGAAUACUAGAAUGGACAUGAACCUUCUUAUGAUGGUCCAAAGGUCAGCCAUGUUGGUCAGGGAGAUGGUCAACCAUGGUUUGCCAGUGCUGUGAUAAGGUAUUGUGUAAAGCAAUGAAUGUGAAGAAUUUAUCAGCACUGUGUUAGAUAGCUAGCCAGCCAGGUUUAGAGAAAUUAUUCUAUAAAUUUGUCAAAUUAGCUGCCAAUAUGCCAACAUUCCAUUCAAAAAAUUCUGUGAAUUCACAGCCAUACACUGGGGCAUAUCUGUUAAUGUGACUUAGACACAUUGUAAAUGCAACAAGUACUGAUAUUGUAUCACAUAAUAGCACUCACAGCUUUCUGUUUACAUACAUUUCAGAGGCUAUUUUAUCGCCCCCUCUAGUAAUUUAGUAGGAUUUACAGUACCUUCAGAAAGUACUCAUACCCCUGCUCUUAUUCCACAUUGUGUUGUGUUACAGCCUGAAUUAAAAAAUGAUUAAAUAUUUUUUCUUUCUCACCCAUCUACACACAACUCCUCAUAAUGACAAAGUGAAAAUGUGUUUUUAGAAAGUUUAGCAAAUUUAUUGAAAAGAAAAGAUCUAAUUUACAUAAGCAUUCACAUCCCUGAGUCAAUACUUUGUAGAAACACCUUUGGCAGCGAUUACAGCUGUGAGUCUUUCUGGGUAAGUCUCUUAAGAGCUUUGUACACCUGGAUUGGACAAUAUUUGACCAUUUUAUUAUUUUCAAAAGUCUUCAUGCUCGGUCAAAUUGGUUGUUGAUCAUUGCUCGACAUCCAUUUUCAGGUCUUGCCAUAUCUUUUCAAGUAGAUUGAAGUCAAAACUGUAACUCAGCCACUCAGGAACAUUCACUGUCUUUUUGGUUAGCAACUCCAGUUUAGAUGUGGCCUUGUGUCUUAAGUUAUUGUCCUGCUGAAAGGUGAAUUAAUCUCCCAAUGUCUGGUGGAAAGCAGACUGAACCAGGAUUUUGCCUAUGCUUAGCUCCAUUUUUUUUUCAUCCUGAAAAACUCCCCAGUCCUUAAUGAUUACAAGCAUACCCAUAACAUGAUGCAGCCACCACUAUGCUUGAAAAGAUGUAGAGUGGUACUUAGCAAUGUGUUGUAUUUGAUUUGCCCCAAACGUAACACUUUGUAUUCAGGACAUAAAAUGAAUUGCUUUGACACAUGUUUUGCAGUAUUACUUUAGUGCCUUGUUGGCAAACAGGAUGCAUGUUUUGUAAUAUUUUUUAUUCUGUACAGGCUUCCUUCUUUUGACUCUGUCAAUUGGGUACUAUUGUGGAGUAACUGUAAUGUUGUUGAUCCAUCCUCAGUUUUCUCCGAUCACAAACUCACCCUUGGCCUCAUGGUGAAAUCCGUAAUGCGGGUCCCUUCUUCUCCGGCAACUGAGUUAUCUUUGUAAUGACCGCAUGUAUUGAUACAUCUUCCAAAGUGUGAUUAAUAACUUAACCAUGCUAAAAGGGAUAUUCAAAAAAUACCUCCCUGGUGUUUGUGGUUAAAUCUGUGUUUUGAACUUCACUACUCAACUGAGAAAAUGUUUAAAAACAUAAGUUUGACAUUAUCCCCAUAUGGUGUGUAAGGCCAGUGACAAAUUCUCAAUUUAAUCCUUUUUUAAAUUCAGGCUGUAACGCAACAAAAUGUGGGGAAAAGUCCAAGGGAAUACUUUCUGAAGGCACUGUAGAUGGGCAGUAUCCUCUUCUGGACAUUCUUAAGGAAUACCUUUCUGUAUGUGGCCUUAUCACCUCUGUACAUUCUAUUCUCGACGUCAGAAUUUUGUUCUAUGUCCAUUUUUACAAGAUUCAUACCUCCAGUGGAAAAUGUUUAUGCACUCUCUGUCGUCUCUGCUUGUCCGUCUUAUCUGCUCUAUUCCCAUUUUCCAUGUCCUCCAAUAUUUGUGAGUAAAUUAUUGCAGAUUGAGAUAAUCACAAUUUCACUGAAUAUGCCAUUAUUAUUAUUCUAAUGGAGUAUGGGAUGAAUAUGUAUAAGGUAGACAACACUGUAACAUAUGCUUUUGAUAUAAUUGUUACCCUAAGAUAUUCACGUCAAAGCAGAUUUUAGUAAAGUAUCUAUUUCCAUAUUCAUCAUCAUUAGAGACCUACAGCAGCUGGGGUAACUGACUAUCUCAGUAUUUUUUUACGUGAGCAGAUGCAGAAAACAAUACAGGCAAAUGUAGGCUGUACUAUUUGGUAUUGGAAUAGUAACGUGAUGUUAUAACGAUACAAUAGUUGUCUAUCAGGGAAGGGGGGGGGGGGGGUGAUUCAGUAGUUGUCUGUGUGUGUGAGGCAGUGAGUGCACGUGAGUGUGCCAGUGUAUGAAUGUGUUUUUGUUAGCUUCAGUGUCAGUCCCCAUUGUGAAAGUCAGCGUUGUGCCAUUGUCUCUGGGCCGGCUGCAGUUUAGGGUACAGAGCAGCUCCAGGAGUCUCUUGUCUACAUAACCACCUUAUUCACAUGUAUGAUGAAGCCAUACAACCACAAGAAAAUAUGCAUAAUAAAAAUCAUUUGUAAUUAAACAAAA